AUGUUUCAGCUGCCUAUCUUGAAUUUUAGCCCCCAGCAGGUAGCGGGGGUUUGUGAGACUUUAGAGGAAAGCGGAGAUAUUGAACGUCUCGGUCGCUUUCUCUGGUCGCUGCCCGUUGCUCCUGCAGCCUGCGAAGUCCUCAACAAGAAUGAGUCGGUCCUCAGAGCGCGGGCCAUAGUGGCCUUCCACACCGGGAAUUUCCGAGAGCUCUACCACAUCCUGGAAAACCACAAGUUCACUAAAGAGUCUCACUCGAAACUGCAGGCCCUUUGGCUGGAGGCACACUACCAGGAGGCGGAGAAGCUGAGGGGCCGCCCGCUAGGACCGGUGGACAAAUACAGAGUCAGGAAGAAGUUCCCUCUGCCCAGGACGAUUUGGGACGGGGAACAAAAGACGCACUGCUUCAAGGAGAGAACCCGACAUUUGCUCAGAGAAUGGUACCUACAGGACCCUUAUCCGAACCCUAGCAAAAAGAGGGAGCUAGCACAGGCAACGGGACUUACUCCCACACAAGUGGGAAACUGGUUCAAAAACCGCAGACAAAGGGAUAGAGCGGCGGCGGCAAAAAACAGGCUGCAACAGCAGGUCCUGACCCAAGGUUCGGUUCGGUCUCUGGCCGAGGAGGAUGUCGCGGUGGACCGACUCGGUACUGCGUCCAGCCCCGAAGCUAGUUUGUCCAGCAAAGCCGCCGCCUCGGCGAUAUCUAUCACUUCCAGCGACAGCGAAUGUGACAUCUAACAGCGCGGGCAGCCCGAAGGAAGCAAGAGGAGAAAAAUUAACGCGACUAAAAGGAGGGAGAUCACGACAGACAAUCUAACAAAAACAAAAACAGUGCCUGCAUUGAAGUAAAGAGAAGGUGUUCUUUUUUGAAGGC